AGCCGCCGCCGCCGCCGCCGCAGCCGCCGCAGCAGCAGCACCAGCCGCCGCCCCAGGCCCCCCCCAUGGAGCCCGAGGCCCCGGAUUCUCGCAAGAGGCCCCUCGAAACGCCCCCCGAGGUGGUCUGCACCAAGCGCAGCAACACGGGAGAGGAAGGUGAAUACUUCCUGAAGGUGCUGAUCCCUAGCUACGCAGCAGGCUCCAUCAUUGGCAAGGGCGGCCAGACCAUCGUGCAGCUACAGAAGGAGACAGGAGCCACCAUCAAGCUCUCCAAGUCCAAAGACUUCUAUCCCGGAACCACAGAACGAGUAUGCCUGGUACAAGGCACAGCAGAGGCCUUGAAUGCUGUGCACAGCUUUAUUGCCGAGAAGGUCCGAGAAAUCCCACAAGCGAUGACCAAACCUGAGGUGGUCAACAUCCUUCAACCCCAAACCACGAUGAACCCCGACAGAGCCAAGCAGGCCAAGCUGAUCGUCCCCAACAGCACGGCGGGCCUGAUCAUCGGCAAGGGUGGAGCAACAGUGAAAGCUGUUAUGGAACAGUCGGGGGCCUGGGUGCAGCUGUCCCAGAAGCCAGAGGGCAUCAACCUGCAGGAGCGCGUGGUGACAGUCAGCGGCGAACCCGAGCAGGUGCACAAGGCCGUGAGCGCAAUCGUGCAGAAGGUACAGGAAGACCCCCAGAGCAGCAGCUGCCUCAACAUCAGCUACGCCAAUGUGGCUGGCCCCGUGGCCAACUCCAACCCCACCGGCUCACCAUAUGCCAGCCCUGCCGAUGUGCUGCCUGCCGCGGCCGCUGCCUCGGCUGCCGCCGCCUCCGGCCUGCUGGGCCCUGCGGGGUUGGCGGGCGUGGGCGCCUUUCCUGCCGCGCUGCCUGCCUUCUCAGGCACCGACCUGCUGGCCAUCAGCACGGCGCUUAAUACGCUGGCCAGUUACGGCUACAACACCAACUCCCUUGGCCUGGGCCUCAACUCGGCCGCAGCCUCUGGGGUCCUGGCCGCCGUGGCCGCUGGUGCCAACCCUGCCGCCGCCGCCGCUGCCAACCUCCUCGCCUCCUACGCGGGUGAGGCGGGGGCCGGGCCGGCCGGAGGGGCUGCCCCACCUCCACCCCCGCCACCCGGAGCCCUAGGGUCCUUUGCAUUGGCCGCGGCCGCCAAUGGCUACCUUGGGGCCGGGGCAGGCGGUGGCGCCGGCGGAGGGGGUGGCCCGCUGGUGGCCGCCGCAGCCGCAGCCGGGGCGGCUGGUGGCUUCCUGACGGCAGAGAAGCUGGCCGCUGAGAGUGCCAAGGAGCUGGUGGAGAUUGCGGUGCCUGAGAACCUGGUGGGAGCCAUCUUGGGCAAGGGGGGCAAGACGUUGGUGGAGUACCAGGAGCUGACAGGCGCCCGAAUCCAGAUCUCCAAGAAGGGCGAAUUCCUGCCAGGCACGCGGAACCGGCGGGUCACCAUCACGGGCAGCCCCGCGGCCACGCAAGCCGCUCAAUACCUCAUCAGCCAGCGGGUCACCUACGAGCAGGGAGUGAGGGCCUCAAACCCCCAGAAAGUGGGAUGAGGCCUGUGGUGUGUGCUCCCACCCUUCUCCCUGCUCCUCCUCUUCCUCCUCCUCUUCCUCCUCCUCCUCCUCCUCCUCCCCCCCCAACUCUUGACCUCAGCUCGGUGUGGUCCUGCUCUUCCCGGGAUUGGGGCUGGGGUAGGUCUGACGCGCCCCCCUCCCACUGGUAGUCAUAGGCAGGAUUGAGAAAAGGCCCGGGGCAGAGCCCAGAAGCUCCCUCCCUGGCCCUGAACUGACCCCUCCUUCCUCCCUCCCCGCGCUUGGCUGGGCCUGACUCUCCUCUCCCAGGGCCCAGGUCUGUGUGAUAUCUGUAUAUAUUGCAUUUUGUUGAUUUUAAUAGAAAACAAAGCGUUAUUUUCUCUUUCUUUCCCUCCUUUUUUUUCCAGUAAGGACUUUUUUCCCCCCUUUAUAAGUUUUUGUUUCCAUAUGGGAGGAGGGGAGGGAGCCUCUGGGUCACCUAGAAUGAGGGGCCUCCCAAAAAUAACACCCCACCUCUCUUGCUUGCUGUUCCAGAUCGAGGGAUGUAAUGGGAGGAGAGGUAGCAGGAGCCUGAGCUGACUCGGGGUGCUGGGAGCAGGGACCCCAGAGUCCCCAGAUGGUCUCAGCUACUCUCUCCCCACUACAGUUGCCCCCUCCUAGGUGGGGCUUUUAACUCUUUCGUUGUCAGGUUGUGUGGGGAGGGGUGGGGGGUGCUCUGCUGCUGGGAGUGAGGCCGGCGCUUGGACUGGGCCAAUCCAGUGGGCAAGACUCUUGUGAAAGGCUGGAGUGACCGCCUGUGGCAUCUCCUGUGGCUUUUCCUGAAGGAACAGGAAUGAUGUGAUGUAACGUUGUGAUGUCACUGAAUCAAGUACUUUCUGGGGCGCUUCUGGCGUUCCUCAUGAUGUCACAGGAAGUCGUUCCCCAGAGGUCGCUUCCUGUGAUGAUAGGAGAGGCAGGUUCUUCCUCCGAUGUCUCAGCGAGCCUUCCUGGAAGGUUAUUUUAAUGAUACCAUGGGGGUGCGCACUUCCUGUGGUGUUUCCAGGGUACCUCCUGUGACGUCAUGGGGAUGAAGCAUGCACUUCCUAUAUUGGGCCGUGGCCAGUUUCCGACCCUCCUUCUCCACCCCCUACCCCUCUUUGGUGGGUCUUGGCCUGAGGGUCUUCCUUAGGAGGAGAAUGAGGGGCGGGGCUUGGAUCUAAUCUGAAAGACUCAAAGAAAAAAGACCUGGCAUUGUCAGGGUCCCCUGCACCAGAACACACCAAGGCUGUGAACUCCCCUGGCAGGGAGGGGUGGGAGAUGGAGCUGGUGGAAACUGUUACAGACCCCCAUCCCCACCCCGCCUCUUGUGUGCAUGCUCGUGUCUGCGUGGCUUUGUUUCAUGGAGUCUGGUGAGCCCGGCGUUUGGUGGCUCUGUCAGGACUGUGUGGCCCCUCGCGGAGUUUGGUGAGCCAGGCUAGGGCCCCUUGGCCGAAACGCUUGGCAUGGUCUAAUGGACUAGAUUGGCUUGUGGUUUCCAGCGAGCUGAAGCACUUUGGUGGUGUCUGACGAAUCAGAAUGUUUUGGUGCUCUCACCAUGGGCCCUAAGGAGCUAGAAUGUUCUGAUGGAAGCUGCCAAGCCAGGCAGCCCUAAGAGUUCGUUUGGGAGUGGCUCCUGAGCGCUGCGGCUGUGGUCAGCUCGCUGGCCUGGUUCACAGGCUGAAAUCUAGGCCUGUCCACGCUAUGGACUUAGGAUAGCUGAGACCCGCCUCCACCCCCUCCCCCUCGGAGACCACCUCCAUUUCCUCCAACCCAAAGCAGGGCCCCAGGUGCCCUGGUUCCACCAUCAGCAUCUCUGGGGGAGGGGCACCCCAUGCCCACCCUCUCCCCCAUUUGCCCCCUCCUAGGUCUUCCAGACCCUUCUCCAUGGCUUUGGGGGAAUCCGGCCUCCUCAUCUCUCUCCCAAAAAGGAGGGAAAAAAGCCAGAGACAAUUCCCACCUCUAAAGCCUGGGAGGCCCCUGCCCCUUUCUAGAGAGCCACCCCCAAAUCAAAAUGUGAAAAUCCCUAGAAAGCAAUAGCCUUCAAGGUACCUUGCACUGAAUUUCCUACCCCUGCCCUUCCGCCUGAUGGGAGGCUGUAGCUUGGGCACUAGGGUGACUUUUUCCAUGCCCUCUCCAUCUCCAGGGUGGGGGGCAGGCCCUACUUCCCCACCCCCACCCUCCCAUCGCUGCUGCCCCCAGCCGCCCCUAAUCUCCAGACUGAACCCAGAUGGAGAUCUGAGUGCCAAAACAAUUCUUGAUGUAAUUUUGUACAUUAUCUUCUGCAGUUGGGGGCUUCUGAGGUUGGAGGUGGUGGUGGCCCUGUGAGCCUUUGCUCCUUCCUGCCUGCCAAAAAGACCUUACAGUAUUUCACAGUAUCUUCACCCACGUGUGGGUGUGGCAGUAUCUAGCUGGAAUAUCCCCCCUACUACUCCCAUCCCCAGGCCCCCAAGAGGAGGGGAAGGAGCCAGGGAGAGGUAAAGUAAGGUCUGGGAGUGGGGAGGUGGGAUUUGAAAGUGCUCAUUUGCAUAUCAUUUGCAUUCUCAGCUGCCCUCUGCUUGUCAGAUGCUUUCUGUACUCAUUCAUCCAGUAAUCCUCUCACACAGACACAUCUCUGGAGGCUGGGCCUCCUAAAAAGUGUUCCCUUGGGGUAUCUGUGUGACAGUCCCCUCCCUGUUCACAUUUCUCGGGGAUCCCCUCCCCCACCAGCCAGGGUUAUCUGAAAGGUAGCUUGCUAGCUCAGUGAGCUAGUUAUCUCACCAUGCUGGGGAGUACCUACCUUGCCCCAUUUCACCCUGGGAAAGUUACCAUCUUCCCUAUCUCUUGAAAGUCCCUUCUGCAAUCUGACCUCAAUCUUGUGUGCUGCAGUUUGUCCAGAGAGGACGCAGACGUGGGGUCAAAGAUGGGGAUCGUUGAAAAACCCAUCGCCUCUUUUUUCCCCGUGAGCCAGUCAGGUCUCAGAGACUCUGAGUGGCCUCCUUGCACCCUGCUCUUCGGCACCCAUUAGGUGCUUAAUAAGUGUUUGCUGCAUCGAAUCGUCGUCUCCCUGUUCCUUUCCAUUUGCCCUCCAGCCCCUAGCUGUUCCCCUCAGCGUUUCCCUCUCUCUCUCUGGCCCCCUCUGGCAUUCUACGUCCUCUCCCUGUGGCUCCCAGUGUUGCCUGUCCUGUCUCUAUCUUUGUCCAUGUUUGUCUUUCCCCUCUCCUCUCAACUCCACCCACCAUUUCCCCAUCGAUUAAAAAAAAAAAAGUGCCAAACUUACUUGGAACUGAGCCGCUCUGGGGGAAGGGAACCUCAGAUAGGGGGGUAGGACAUGGGACCAUUUCUCUUUGAGGAGGCCCCUAAGGCACUGAAAAAGUCUGUGAACAUUUUAGCUCAGUUGGGUCCCCUGCCUCACCCCUCCCACGCUGAGUUUUUCUUAGAAUCUUUGUAAGAAAAAACAAAAACAAAAAAAACCUCCCCUUCCUCUAACCCCUAACCCUUUGGAUUCCCCCAAGUUCCACCAGCCAGGGAGAACCCCGCUGGCCUCCUUGGGGCAAAUCUGUAGAAAUUGGGGUGGGGGAGGGGAGACAAGCUCAGCCCUCCUCUGCUGACCCAAGGGGUGGUGCCAGCUGGAUUCCCUAGAGGACCUCAAAGCACUUAGGAGAAGAAGGUUCGAUGUGCCAAAUUCACCUCCUUCAUCCCCCAUUUGGGGGCGAGAGGGGGCUCUGAGCCAACCUGCCCCAGCCACCUUCUGUCCUGUCCCAGCCACCUCUACACAGGCAAGGGGGCUUUACUGCAAUAAUUAUUAGUGAUGAGAAGGCGAAGAUCGUGCCAUCCGAAUCUGCCCUAACACCUGCCCUGGGCUAGUAAGUGGGAAUUACAAGUAUCACCAUUGGAAUUUAAAGAGUCGAUUUAUAGACGGUCGGGGACCUGUACUUGGAACAAUACGGUACCGCUCUCCUCUGAGUGGUAUUUUUUCUCCCCUUCUUAACUCCCAAACUCCUCGGUAUCCCCUCGCUGUGUUUCCCCUGCCUAGUCCUCCACCCACGCCCUCUUUACUUUGUUUCUCGUGGUGGCCUACUGUUUGGAAAGUGAGAGGAUUCCCCUGCCUUGAUUUAUUGCUCUUUCAAGACCAGGAUUGGAGGUUGAGAGACGGAGCGGUGGAAACAGCAUUCGCCGAGAGUGGUGAUGAGAAUGGCAAUUUGGGCGUCCAGGCUGCUGAUGGGGUGCACCCCUAUCGCGACCGCCAGGCAGGCCUUCGCCGUCCGCCACGCGCCUGCCGCGCCGUCUGGAACCCCUCUCGGCUGUCGCGAAAGCCUGGACUGGAUGUCACGAUGGGGAGAACGGGAUCGCGAAGCCCUUGUUGGGGCGCUACGGGCCAGGGACUCAGGCCUACGGCUCUCGUGGAGUCGCGACAGCCAGCUCUGCUCUCGCGAACCCUCUCCACCUCAGUCAGCCGUCUGGACGCCAUGCGGGACUUUUCUCCCGUGGUGCGCUGCUGGUGCGCGUAAGGUCGGUCUCUGUGUUGGGUGGCAGGGAGGAAGCCGGGGAAGUCUCCGUGGGGUUCGGGGCGGUGAAGGCUGCUGGUUUUUAACCCCUUCUCAGCCAGUCCAGGAUACUCUUGUCUCCCAGAGAUAACUGGGGAGACCGCCUAAUCCCCUUCCCCUACCUUCUCUUCCCCCCUCCCCCACCCCCCAAACCACCAACCUCUCAUUUUCUAAGUGACUCCAUCACCACCGACCACCGGGACCUGCGGCCUCAUUGCUCCAGCUCGCCCCACUCGACAGUCAGACUCGCUCAUCGAACUUUUUGAUUAACCCUUUCUGUGUUCAUCCCACGGGAAACUGUGUGUCCGGCGCGGGGGAGGGGGGAGGUGAGGGGCACUAGCUACCUUUCCUCCAUCUCCCCGCACCGCCCAUGCCUACCCACCCGCACCCCAUCCCAUGCCCCACCCCACCCCUCAUCCCUAGGGUCCUCCCCGCCCUGGGGGUAGAGACCCUGUAUAAAUAUCUGUCUGGCUUUGUCCCUUUCAAAGUCUCGGCCAGGGGCGUGGCCUCCCCCAAGCGGAGAGCUCGCUCUGGCCCCACUCCUUUCUGUGCCCCCGCCACUCCCCACCCCUUCAUUGUAAAUAGUCACUUUUGUACUGGGUUUGAGCCAGGGGACGUGGGGAGUCAUUUUUUUUUUCUUUGUGUUGGCAUCUCAGGCCACUGGAGGCAUGGCCCACAUCCUGGUGUGAUUUGGGAAAAUCCCAAGGUGUGUCCCCUCACCUAUCCCCAAUGCUAAGGAUGUCAGGAUUAUCAGUAUUAGCCCUAGAGGGAUGGGAUGCACAGAUCCCCUGGCAGGGAGCUGGGAGAGGUGUGGAAAGGUGUAGUGUGAUGUGAGGACUCAGUUUUCCCCGUCUAUGAAAUGGGUUCAUCCUCCAGGUUCCCUGAGGAGCCUCAGCGAGAUAAUGGUGGAGUCAGAGGAAUUAGAAUCUCUCUUUCCCCUUGCUCUGUUUGGGUCAGACAAGAUAGGAGAAGAAUGGGGUGGGGAAGGGCUGGAGAACAGAUUGCUAAAUCCUUAUUAGGAUCUUAAGCUAGCCUCUCCCAGCCUUGUUCCCUCCCUUGGAAAAUGAGGGGACUGGAGGACUUUGAAGGCCCCUUGGGUAUCCCCCAAUCCUUAGAUUAAAGGCCCAAGCCCUGGGCUGGCCCCUUGCCUGCUCCCCCGUUCCCAGAUUCCAUUUCUUGGACCCAGACCGUCCACCAUGUGGCCAUGCCUCCAGUGUCUCCAUUCAACCCCCUCUAACUGAUUCCUUCCAUCCUCUGCAACCAGAGACGCCGCCCACCUCCUCCCCACCACCUCCAGAAGCUCCUGGCUGGGGCCCACUGCCCUCUCCUCUCC